UUCAUUUGAAAACAUGUCAUUAAUUUAAUAUGAUCUUACAGCAAUAAUAAUAAAAUUCGAAUGUUUCCUAAAACCGUUCACCUUUCUCUAAGUUUAAGGGGUAUAUGGCUGUAGAUUUCUCCAAUAAACUACUAUUGGUACUUAUCUUAAUUUCGUCUCCAGUUGAAGUAGCCAAUCCUAACAUAUUUCAAAGAUUUACACCCCGAAGAGAAUAUUCCCCCGAGUUGAACCACUUUUUAGAACUUUUGCAUGACUCCAAAGAAGACUUAAAAUGGAUUGAAAAGACUGCACGUGAUGUUCUUCACGCGAAAGAAAGACGUCAUAUACAAUCUGAAAAAAAGUUUCGGAAUGGAUACAUGUAUCCAAGGCAAGAUAAGAAUAAUUUUUACAACGAUAAAAGUACACGUUCAGUAAAUAACAAGCAUAUUGUUCCUGCAAGACCUGAAAACGACGCUUUCCCGUACAUGUACGCCAAGCAAUAUUAUCGUAAGAAAAGACUUUUUGACAGACGGAGAAAAAGGACUCUUCCAAGACGAAUAGAGAGCAUAUAUCGCAGGAGAAAUGAAUGGGACGAUAAACCCCAUAUUGACUAUAACAAGUAUCACAAUACCCAAUUUAGAAGAGACACUAACUACAUUGGUGAAGAGAAACCACGUCGUAUGAAUGUUGACAUUUUUCCAAGAAGUCAAGAGGGUGUGCUUAGAAAGCAUGACUUUCCAGAUGAUGAACAUGUUAAAAACGAUAAACUGAUACGUGUGAGUAAGAGUUGUGGUUGUAAAGGGCACAAAAACGGUCCCAAGUGUCAAACAUCCAAUUGCAAACAUAAGACACACGUAUCAUGCCAGCCUGGAUCCAAAUGCAAGGAAAAUCACAAUGCCCACGACCUAAUAUACGAAGAUUAUUUAGCAGGACCGGAUGUGGCCGAUAUUGAUUUAGACGACGAAUUAAUAGAAGAUUCGCUAGGUGAUUUAGAAGUGAAUACCGAUAGAGAAUACAGAAAAAGUAAAGACAUAUUUAAGUGGUUCAAACAUAAAGAUCAAUCCAAAGUUCAAAACGAAGAAGGCUCAGUAAGUAAUUCUGGGUUAGAUUCGAAUGAAGCAAAGAUACAAACAAAAACUUCGAAAAGAGGAAAAGGUAGUGCUGCCUGUGAUUUUGAAAAAUGUAAAGGCGAUUCGGUUAAGUGCGGAUGCUCGUCCAAAAAAACGAUGGGAAAUUCUAAAUCAGAAUCUAGUUAUGGGACAUCAAAAGAAAAAAUGACCCCUAAAAAUCACAAUAAUGAUAAAAAAGUAGGAAGUAAACAUCGAUGUGGAAAAGAUUCCAACAGGAGCAAGUACAACAAAAGUGAUAAAAAAGGAGCGCAACAAAAUAAACGUGAAACAGGACAUUUAGAGGAAAAUAAGGAAAAACGAAGUAAAAUUAAAAAAUUACCUGGUAAAGAUUUCAUUAAGAAAUUACGAAGUAAAAGUAUUAAAAAAGAAAAAUGUAAAACUUCUGACAAAACUGACGACGAAGACAUGAACGACAGUAGUACCAAAUUUGGCAUUGAAAGACUAGUUACUAGAACAGCUCAUUCUGAAAGGAGCUGUACUGCGAAAGGUUGCCAGCAAGAACCAUCGACAGAAAAAAAAAUAUUUACAAAUGAGCGCAACAAUAAAGAAGAAGAAGAAGAAGAAGAUAUAAAUGAUGCAAAGACAAAAAAAAGUCAUAAAAAUUGUAAAGACUGUAAAGAACAUAAGCAAUCAUCUGAUUCAAAUAUCAAAGAUAGAUUAAAAAGUAAAAUAUUUCCCAAGAAAAGCAAAAGUUCCAGUAAAAUAAUUAGUCGCCACUCCGGUCAAGAAGAUCUAAAUUCCUACAAAGAUUUAAAGAAGCUAAUCUCGUUGAUUUCGGAUGCUACCAGUAAUAGGCCUCCUAAAGACAUUAACAAUUUAUCCGCGCAAGACACCCGCCAUUUACUUAAUACGAAUGCCAUAAAAAAAAAGGUUGAUGAACUUAUGCAAAUUUUAAAUGAAUCAAAAGGAACCAAAAGGAUUUCUAUAGAUUCGAAUGAAAACGAUGUAGAGAAUCAGCUUAAAUCUCCAACAAAUAUAAUAAAAAGAAGAUCGCAAAGGGAUGAUCACGUUGAUAAAGAAACCUCCACUUUAUUUACUGAUAACCCUACUGUCAUUGAAAAAGUUAUUACGAAAAUGUUAUCAACAGAUAAGACUGAUCAGAAACCACAGUACGAUGCAUCAUCCACUCCAUCAAUUGAAAAGACCUCAGACAAUCAUAUUAAUACUCUCGAUGAAUUACAGGAACCUACAUCUGCUGGAGAACAGCGUAAUCUUCUCAACGAAAACCCUGUUUUAUCAAUGCCACAACAAACUACAACAAAUGAAAAUUUAGACACCACCACAGAUAAUGUUAUACAAAUAAUAAAACUGAAAAGAAAUCCACUAGCAAUAGCGGAUCAGUUCUUUGGUUCCCAGAAAGAAGGAGCGCCUCAUGUCAAAAAAAUACUCAAAGAGGAAAACGAACCAGUUAUAAAUAUAAAUCAAGAUAAAUCGGACAUUCACAAUGAAGACAAUGGCAUAUCAGCAUCUUCUUCUGGCAACACCAAGUUGGAACGGAAUAAUAGAUUUGAUACUCAAGAACCUUUUCUGGGCAACGAUUAUUCGGACAAUUUGGAAAACUAUUACGAUUAUGAAGCAGACUACGACUCUCGAGCGCAAAGGGAAAAGAGAGAUUACAAUAAAUUUAAGAGCUUCAAAAGUCGUAAGCUUCAUUCAGUUCAACCAUCGACAUUGCAAAAACCGAAAAUCUCUGAAGACAAUUCAGAAGACUCUUCACAUCUCCGCAACAAUAACGAUUUCAUUGAAUUCUACGAUGAUCCUAGUUGGGACAUUCCAUUAAAUAAUGCUGAUACACGGAUCCAGAAAAGAUCGGAGGAUGACGAAUAUGAAGAAGCCGAUCCUGUAAUAGGCGAGAAAGUGAAGUACAACCUUAUCAAAAAUUCUCAAGUACGCUUCGAUAAUAAGUUUAACAAUGCCCAAAGUGCGGACGAAUAUUACGCGAAAAAAACAAACAAACAUAUCAUCGAUAGUAUCAGUGGUAAUUCUUUGCAUAAAAUGAAACAGAGAGAAGAUGAAAAUGAUAACGAAGAUAUAAUAACAAUCAAAGAAAAUUUCGAGUUUUUCCCCCAUGAACAACAGGAAACAUCGGAAAUUUCCUCCGAACCUACCCCUACAACUUCCGAUGUCGUCAGCCUUAACCCUUCCAAUAGUAAUAAUAUAAUGACACUUCAAGGGAACCUUAGAAUUUCUCCCCAAGUACAAGACAAACAAUUUCUUGUAAAUAUUCAACGAUCCUCAACAUUAUCGACGGAACCACCCACAGAUCAGAACCUUGAUUUUACCCUUCAACCGAUCGAAUUUUCAUCUAACGCAUUUCAAAGGGACGUUAUAAAUCCACCGCUUAUGUUACCGAGAGUAACAAUUUACCCCCAUAUGUUACUCCUUGCAACAAAGAUUUCUCUUAAUCCUAUCGGUAAAUCCUUAAGAAAAGCGAAUGUUUUCCCUGAGCAAUCGUCUUCAAGUUCAACAGAAUCCAACGGUUAUCUCAUGUUUACAACUCCACAAAUUUCCGACCAAAAUUCAAAGUUAAGUUCUUGGCAUACCACGAAGAAGUCAACAAAAUUUACGAACUUGCUGAAAAAUAAAUUUAAACACCAUAAGGAUCCCGUAUUAGACAUAAUCCGCAACAAUGAAAUUGGACUAUCUAUUAGUGGUUUAAAACGGGAGAAGAAAACAGUUGCAAAAGGGUUACAAUUCAAUGAGGUGGAAAACUCAGCUCAAAAUACUGAUAAACACAGAUUAAAACGUACAGUAACAAGUAUCUCACCAUCGGUAACGACAACUCCCCUUUCUGAAUCAACUAUAACUUACCCCAAAAAAAUUACUUCCCAGCUUAAAAGCACUACCUACGUGUAUCUUAGUCCGAAAUACAUAGAAGCAAAUGAAAACGAGGAUUAUUUAGCAGAUUACUCUAAUUCAGAUGAUCAAAACCUCAACCGAAAUUUAAGAUGCAUACAUUUUUUUAAUUCCGCAAAAAAGCCGACCGACUAUAAAAAAAAUUUCGUCAAUCAAAAAUCUCAUUGCUCCAAACAUAAUCGUCUUCAAAAACUUCAUCUCAAAAAUAAAGAAAAUGAGAAACUUAGAAAGGAUGGUCAACAAGUCAGAUAUGAAGAAGACAAUGACUUACCAUACUCCACAAUAAAAAAAUAUAAUGAAGAUACUCCCACUGAAGAGAAGUAUAAAGAUAUACAAGUACCCAUCGAAAGAAAUGUACUUCUCAAUUUCUUGCCACUCAAAGAUAAUACAUUUCUUCAAAACCAUGAACUUCCUAUCGAUGAUUCAAAUUCAUACACGUCGCUCGAUAAACCUUCAGGAAUUCCCUUUGAUCGCCGUGAAUAUCAGAUAGUGAAACCUUCUGGCGAAGGCUUUCCCUUUAAUAAAAUCGUGAAUCCUAAGCAACACAGUCUGCCUAAAAUGAGCAAUUUUAAUCCUUUCGAUACAAUUUUUAAAAAUGGUAAAUAUCACUUGGGCCCUGCUGAAAUAGAACCAGAAGUGAAAUAUGGAAACGAUGUUAGUCCAUUUAAAAAGGUUACUUCCGACUUCAAAAGUAACAAACAGGGUUCCAAUCCACAACUGGUUUAUGACGGAGAACAAAUACGAAAAAGCUUCCAUCCUUUUGACAGUAUCAGAAAUAUUCCUCAAUACGAACUGCGCUCUCUGGAUGAUCCACAAAGCUAUAAUCAGCAAAUCCAGUUUCCACCAAUGUUACAAGAUCAUUUUCCUUUUAAUUUGUUAGAUAAUAUCCGUGAAAUACCAACAAAAAAUGUACCUUCUUCCGCUUCAAAAAGCGAAACACAAUCUUCUGCCGACUCUCAAGCAAUUCCAAACCAAGUAAACUAUGAUUUUCCUGACAGUACUCCAGUUCUUUACUUUCCUUUUCCAUCAAACAACGACUUCAGCGGUAACAAACAAGAAAUAAAGACAGUGAAAACAAGCCACAAAGGAGGAGGUGGAAUUCAUCCAGUCGAAAAGAACUUUAAAAGCCGAUAUUACUACAACACAAUGCCAACAAAUCUUGAUAACAGUGCUGUCGAAGUACCGAACCUAAUACCUUCAGUUAAUGAAAAUAAGGAAGCAGCGUUAACACCGCAAACGAUAAGCGAUAGCAACGUCAAGCACAGCUCUCAAGUUCGUGAUAACUCAUUCGAAUUCAGUACAGCGAGCAAUGACGAAUGGCUGAAGGAUAUUCAAAAAAGAUUGCAAGGCUCCACAUUAAGCAUUUGCCUAAGUUUAUCUUCAUUUGAUGGGACUACACCGACUUCAUCAGGGGGAGCUAUCAAGCGAUUUGAAUCUCAAGUCACCCAUACUCCAUAUGAACAAUCCAAAUUAGAAGGCAAUAUUAUUCAAGCAAAAGAGUUACAGAUAGACUUGCUCAACAACCACAUAUUUGAUAGAAAACCCAGUAAAUUUACCCCAAAAUCCUUAAUAUCGAGUGAUUUCACUCCAAAAACCACUUCUGAAAGCAUCCCUUUUGGAACCACGCAUUCAGCUACCACCAAAAAUAGAAUAGCAAACGAAAAAGUGUUAAAUUCAAAACCAGAAAAAAAUAGAGAUUAUAUUGACGACUACGAUGCUUACGACGACAUGUUUGAAACAGAGGAAAGAUCUGGAAAGCUUGUACGGGAUGCUAAUGGAGAAAGACGUCGUCUGUCUUUUACAAACUCAAAAUACACACUCCCAGUACAAAGGGAUUUUUAUCAACGAAUUCGGAAGAGGUCGAGACCCAAGCAACGACUGCGUAUACAUCCAACUAACAGAAGAAUUCGAAGAGCUACCAAUCUGUUACCCAAUUAUUUAAGGAAUAUAGAAAAAUAUAAAAAUGGACAAAUUAUUCGCGAAGAUUCUCAUCAGUUUUUCGGCAACCGAAGAGAUACGAUUACCGAGACACCAUACGACCUGCAGCUGCAACCUAGCAAAAAUGUACGAAGAAGAGAUUCUAUUAAUAUAGCGACAAGUGAUGAAGCCACCAACGACAAACUUGCCUUGGCAAUCAGAGAAAGCAUUGCUGACCUUUCAAACAAACAAUGGUCUCAUUUAUUAGACAAAGACUCGCCUGCAGACGCUUUAGGAAAGCAAGUUUAUCGAGACAAUGCAGGUGUUUCGAUAGAAGUAACGAUAGACGACUCCAUCUUAAAGUUGCUUCAACAGCUCAAAGAAAUCAUGUUAAAAGAAAUAGAAAGAGAGUCUUGUCUACAAUUAACUCCAGAUCAAAGAUCUUACUUGCAAGCCAUCACGAGCGAAUCUCAAACUCACGAUCUUUAUUUUAAACGGGAAUCCCCGUCAAAGUUUUCUCACGAAACAGAGCCGGGAUAUUUCAUGUUCAAAGGCAACAAAAAGAAACGUCUGUUUUAUGACGACGAUAACAGAGCCUUGCAAAACUCUGAAUUAUCAAAAGAGAUUGAUUACGAGAAAACAAAACGAGACAUCAAAAUAAAGUACAAGAAAAUCAAAAGACUACUAAACGAAUACGAAAGACUGGACGAAGACAGUAAAACAAAAGUUGCACCAGUUGAAAACUAUCUUAAAAGAAACAUGCGGAUUCUAAGAAGUUUAUACAAAAACGUACUGAUUGAUGAAAAUAAACCGGAGUCGUUCAGUUCACGUAAGAGGCACUACAUGUAUGAUUCAAACCAAAUCACCGUUAAUCCCUAUUCAACAAUGCCCUACGAAAUUAUCAAAAAGGAAACCCAUCGCAUAAAAUCCCCUAGCAAAGAAGAACGCCACAGGCAUAACAAAAUUACAAAAAUUAAGAUUGAAAAGAAAAGAGAGCCCGCGCCUUAUUCAUCUUCUGCGAAUAAUCACAAUGCUGAAAAGUCGGUUUCUGUAAAAGAAAAUAGAAAAUUUAUUCAGCAGGAAUCGGGAAACGAUAUGAAAAGAGAUAAGCGUAAUUUAGAAACUAAUGCAAACUCUACUGCAAAUUCUUUGAAGAAAACUGUUGGCGAUGCAGUGCAUAAUUUGUUGGACAAAACAUUUAAAAAGCACCAAAAUGAAUCGACUAACUGUGUAAGCACCACAGCUGCUGUCAGCGUUACUCCAGAGACAACUCUUGCAACUUCGAGUUCAUCACCGACACAAAAUACAGCAGUUCACGAGAGAACUGUGUCAGAUGAAUAUAAACAAUUAAUCGAAGCUGUUAAACAAAGUCAUAUUAAAAGACAGAGUGACGAAAGGCUUGGUAUGUUGUUCGGAAACGCUGUGGAAGCAGACUCUCGAUCCACCGAAGAUAAUUCUAACGCAGGAUUCGAAGUGCCGAUAAUUUACAAUUAAGCUUAGAUACAUAAUUAAAUAAUUAUUACGUGCUAUUAUAUAAUAUAUUAU